AUGAGGAAGAGAGAGUUAAAGAUUAAGGCAGCCCAGGCCCAACUGAUGGCUGACUCUAAGGUGACCAUGGUUAGCAAAGAAGUUUUGGAACUGAUGUACCGUGGUCAAAAUCAGCGCUCAGGGAAGGCUAAAGGGGCUGUGUCCAAAGGUAAAGUUCGCAACGCAGAACCAUCUCAGGGAGGCCGUGAGAAUUUUCAGUUCUCUUUGAGAACUACCCAAGUUUACAAGGAGACAUCAAAAAAGAAGGAUCUCCUGAAUGUUAAAAGAAAUACAAGUAAACCACGAGCAGAAGUUGUUGCCAAGCGUGGCAAACAGCGAGAAGGGCUAAAGAAGAAGAAGCUUUCUGCUCUAAAGAAAGCUAUUAAAAGGGCAAGGCAGCAAGAAGUGGAAAACUUAUUAUCUGUACUUCAAGAAGCCAAGAAAUUGCAGGAAAGCUUGAUUCCUGUAGAUGUUCCUGUCAUGUGCUCAUCGCCACUUGAAACAUCUGAGAUGCCUGCAUUAGAAGAGGCAGCAGAAGCUAUUACCAGUAACAAAGAGCCAGAAAACUCCACAGAAAUUGUUGAAAAUGAAGAAUUGAAAGUUGUACCGAGCCCUGAUGUGCAAGGACCAUUGAUAUCAAACAAAGGAGCUUCAGAUUGUGUCAAAUAUGAAAAUAGUAGGGCAAGUGAAGUUAAUACCAAAGAAACACAGUCUACUGACCCUGAUUUUCCCUUAAAGUGCCAGAAGAUUUUAGAAGAUAUGGAAUUCCUUCACAAUUCUGUUCAUAAAAGAUCAUUUCGGGAGUACUGUAAUCACAUGAUAACUCCAGAAGUUAACGUAGCAGCCAAAGAACUGAUCAGUACAUUGGUGGCAUAUCAAGACAGACAUUACAAAAGGGAUCCAGUGAAAGCCCGAAUGAGGCGCAGGUUUGUUUGUGGUCUACGGUCAACAGUAAAGGCAAUGGGUAAAAUGUCUUGCAUAAUUGUUGCUCCUGAUAUUGAGAGAUGCAAAGGCCCAGGUGCUUUAGAUGAAGUUGUAGAGAAUAUGUUGAAGCAGGCAGAGAACCAUUCUGUACCAGUCAUUUUUGCCUUGACAUGCAAAAAGAUUGGAAACUUGUGCCUCAAGAGAGUCGGUGUCAGUUGCAUUGGUAUCAUCAAUUACCAUGGUGCUCAGGGUGUAUUUCAAAAACUGAUGGAAAUGAUACCAGAAGCUAAAGCUCAGUAUCAGCAGCGUGUUGCGCAUGGAUUUUGCUCAAUACCAGUAGGAGAUGAACCUCCAGAUGAUGAGCCUGAGUCAACACAAGAAAGUAUCAAACAAAUUGAUUCCUCUGAUAUCAGUCAAGAAGCUACCAAAGACUCUUCUGUGGUAGAUGAGCACAGUAUUCGAGAAGAGGUAAUUGCCUCUACAGUUGCUAUUCUUAAUGAGCAUUCAAGUGAGGAAUGUGUUUCAUGUUUAGAAAAUGGGAAAAAAUUAGCCAUCAAUGAAGCAGGAUCAUCUUUGAUAAUGCAGUUUCAUGGUGACAGAGAGGCAGAGGUAAUUUCUUCACCUACUUUGUAAUAAGGCUUGAGAUGAAGAAUUAGCCUAAUAGCAGUCUCAUACCAUUGGAGGAGUAAAUAGCUUCUGCAGUUUCUGUUUAAUCUAUUACAUGGUUAAAAUUGUUAUAAAAUCCUAUAAAAUGCAAGAACAUGAAAUGAAAGGAGAUAAAAGUUGUUUUGUGUUUAGGAGGAAGAGGAAAUGAUGAAUGUUUGUGAAUUAUCUUUGAUAUAUGUUUUGCACAGUAGAAAGUUUACUGUAUAGCAUAACUUUUCAAUAUAAAGAUCCUUAUUUAAUUUGCAGAUUGGUUUGUGACUGAAGAGUACACAAAUUGGAGAUUUAUUUAUGUUACUUUACCCUUUGUUUUUAUGUGUAAGAAUGUUGUCAUGUUUUUUUGGAAUAGAUUAUGUGUAAGAAUUUUGUAAAGUGUUCUGUGAAGUUUAUCUCAAAGUUUACUUUAAGUGUUUUUAUGUAUAUCAAGACAGUAUUUAGUUUACUAUUACUGGUUGUAUAAAUAUUUCUGAUAGAUUUGGCCCUUCGAGUUUUCAAGUUUUAGAUAAGUGUCAUAGAUAUAUUAUCUACUCAUAUCAAGACAACCACAUAUAUAAUGACCAGCAUUGUUUGCCAGGACAAGUACAAUAGUUUAAGUGUAUUUUCUUAAACCUCUGGACUGAGAGAGGAUGAUUUUCAAAUCAAUGUCACUUGGUUACUAGUAAAAUGUCAUAAAAUAGUUUUAAAGAAAUGUUAUAAAAAAUAUUAUAUUUGUCUGUGCAAAUAUGAUUUGUAUAGUAUAUGGUCUAACUUAUUACAGAAUCACAACAUUAAAAUUAGAGAUAUUGGUACUAAUCAUUGUAGCCUGUGAUACACUUGGGAAGCUUGGUUUUAUGAGUAGUAACAAAAUAUUAUUCUUAAAUCAACUGAACUUUUGAAUUUUAUAUGGGCAGCAUAGAAUUUUCACCAUAUAACUGUAUUUAUGUCAUGUACCAUAAUGAAGAACAUGCUUAAGGGUUGUUAUAAAAUUAUUAAUAGAUGUGGUGAUUAAAAUAUUUUUUAUACACUUGACAUGGAAGGCCAACAUUUUUCUUGGAAUUUCUUUGUCAUCUUGAUUCUUUCAAUAUGAUGAAGUCUGUAACCUGAGUGUCAUAUGCUUGAGAGGUGUUGCAUAAUCUUAACUGAAAUAGUUUUGAUUUACAAAGUUGAUAGCAACCUUAUUAUUAUGCUGUUGAAGAUUUCCUUAGACAGUCAUAUUUUGUUCAAAAUUUGGAAGACUUUGAUGUCCAAGAGCAGUCUUCAUAGCACUAGUCAUAGUAUUAAAACCUCCACUCAGCUGGCCUGAAGGUCUUCAUUUAAAUAAAGACACAACAGGAAUAUAAUCAAGUCCUCUUUGCGGACAUCUGAUAUUUAGUUACAGUACAUACUAUGUUGAGUGGUCUGGUGAAACUUGUUUGUGUAUGUUCAAUACAAGUGUUGACUUAUGUUUUACAGCCUAAACUGCUGAGAUUUCUUUGAGGAAGAUUGUUUAAAUUAUGUUUGAUAGACUUUGUAAAUACUUUUUUUCCAGUCUUGGUCACUUUUAAUAGUUUUAGUUUGGCAGUAUGCAACUUCUGUGAACAAUUUUUUUGACACCUGUAGUGUUUGGGAAGGAAAAUUGACCAUGAAUUAAACUUAUGGAUUGAUGUUGCAUUACAUAAAAAAACCAAGGCUUCGCAUAGAAAAAAUGAGAAAAUAUUAAUAAAUCUUCUCGGUAUAGCAAACAAUAGGCAUUGUCAAGAAAUAAAUCGGUAUAUUAUUGUUUUCAUGUUUUUAAGAAUCAUAUUUAAUCUGCUAUUAAAGUAUUCAUCAGCACUGCUUCAAAAUGUCAGAAGGGCGAGGACUUUCAAGAAAUAGUGGUUGUUUGUAUUGUUUGAAUUUUUUUUUUUUUUUACAGUAAACUUGCUUUUCCAUUACUCUUCAGUAGCCAAGGGUUUGUGUGAACUGAUUGUUUAUGUGCUAUCAAGUAAAGCACAGUAUGUUAAAGUACAGAAUCAAGGUCUCAGAUGGUUUACUUAUUGGUUUGGUUAAGCUAUCUAAUAAUGUUAGAUAUUUUAUCAUCAAUGAUGUAAUAUUUCCUUGUAAUGAUAUCUUAAUACAUUGUGUGAUACCUUAGGUUUCCUACUUUUCAAUAUAUCAAAUUAUAUUUAUGAUGUUACCUUUUGAAAUGUAGCUAAUUGCAAGUUAGUUAUUUUGAGUUUGUAUGCACUGUAGAUAAGAUUUUUUUAAAAAGUUUUAUGAUUGAGAAAUUGACUGAGGUAUACAUGGUACUGUCAAGUGCCAUGUUAAAUUGUAAUACAGUAUAUUUAUAUAUGCAAAUUAUAUAUUUUUGUAAAUUGAGGUUGAACAUUUUCAGAAUUAAACUUUUCAAUUAAUAUUU